GGCCCACCACUCAACUCUCGUCGCGCCGGUUUUAUCGAUCCGAACGAUUUUUAAAUCGAUCGUCUUUUUGGAAUUCAGUCGGAACUUUUUUUUCCAAUUGUAAAUUUAAUAUUAUCUUUUUUUUUGUAAAAGUGGUGAUCUGUUUUUUAUGUUUAAUAUGGAUUAAUUUGUUUAUUCUUCUUGAGGAGGAUUUUUCAAAAAUUCAUUUCUAUUUCCCAUUUUGGAAUGAAUAGAUAGUGCAGAUCACCGGCUAAGGACUUCCCGUCGAUGUUCCUGCCUCUCACCGAAGAAAUUGUGGCGUUCCAUUAGAUUUAGUAUCAGCAAUGCAGUACUUAGUAUUUCUUCAGGCCAUCGUUUUCGUCAGCACGGUUGCGGAAUUACGGACAACUCGACACAGAGGAAUGUACACUCUGGAGAGGCAUCUUCGCGAUUCUGAAGUGGUGUUUCCCCGAAAGGUGACGCUGAGAGGUGACCUGAUUUCUCACAAUGUAACCCAUCGUCAUGAUGAGAAUGGGGACGGGGACGGAAACAGUGAUCUGCAUUUCCGUCUGCCUCGAAGCGGGACUGAAUAUCACCUCCACCUGACACCGGCCAACGACUUUAUUAGCCCCCGAAUGAUCGUCGAGAGGCGGAAGAGGGACAUCCACGUUCGCCACGCGGUGAAAAAUCAUUCCAGCAAAUGCCAUUACCGGGGAUACAUUCGGGGACAGAACAAUUCCCGUGUUGCCCUGUCGGCUUGUGACGGUCUGGCAGGUGUCAUUCACAGCGAAGGUGGUGAAUUCUGGCUGGAACCAGUCGCAACGGAAUUGAUUGAACAAUCUAGGAAUGAUGCAAGAUCAGAAAAUAUUUUUCCCUCGGAAAUGGCCAGACCUCAUCUCCUAUUUCGCAGAUCAACCGGUAGAACAGAAUCGACAACCGGCACCAAACGAAGACCGAAAAAAAGAAAAAAGAAGAAACACGAGAGAAACUGCGGCACCCGCGAUCCUCGUCGUUUGACGGAGACACAUCUGGAGUGGCAGAAUCAGUCUGGUCUGGUGCAAGUUCAAGGUCGAGGCCGAAGAAAGCAUCAACCGAAAGGAUGGCAGCGGACCAAGAGAUCGAUAAGCCAAGCGCGACACGUGGAAGCCCUUGUCGUUGCGGAUACCACCAUGAUGGCUUUCCACCAAGACGGGGACGUGGAAACCUAUCUUUUAACAAUCAUGAAUAUGGUCUCGGCUCUCUACCUCGACCCCACUAUCGGCAACUUUAUCAACGUCGUCGUGGUUAGAAUUAUUCUAAUGGAGGAAGAAGAAGCGGAGCAAGGAUUGAACAUCACAAUCAAUGCAGACAGAACUCUGUACAACUUUUGCAAGUGGCAGCAGAAACUGAAUCCUGGCGAGGAUUCACAUCCCAAUCACCACGAUGUUGCGAUUUUGAUUACUCGAGAAGAUAUAUGUUCAAGAGCCAACACCCCAUGCAGCACUCUAGGGGUAGCCCAUGUGGCGGGUAUGUGUCAACCUGAUCGAAGCUGCAGCGUCAACGAAGACAACGGGAUUACUCUGGCGCAUACCAUUGCCCACGAGUUAGGUCACAAUUUUGGGAUGUAUCACGAUACAGACAAAAUUGGCUGCAGCAGGCGUGAAGGUAAUAUUCUGCAUGUGAUGACACCGUCAUUUGAAGCAGACACUAUGAUUGUAGCUUGGUCCAGAUGCUCGAGAAGAGACAUAACUAAUUUUCUAGAUGAAGGUAAGGGAACGUGUCUGGAGGACGAACCUGCAGAUAACGAUUAUGCUUACCCAGACCUUCCUCCUGGAGCCAUGUACAAUGCAGAACAUCAAUGUCGACUUCAAUUUGGACUGAGGGAAGCUUCAGUUUGUUCACCACUGCAGGAGAUAUGCUCUAAACUUUGGUGCGUCGUGGACGGAACUUGUACAACAAUGUUACACCCAGCAGCACCUGGUACACAUUGCGGCAAACAUAUGUGGUGCCAAGAUCAAGAAUGCGUCCCGAUCACGGACAAACCAACUCAAAUUGACGGUGGAUGGGGCGAGUGGGGACCCUGGAGCGAGUGUUCCAGAAGCUGCGGAGCUGGAGUAUCAGUCAUGGAAAGAAAGUGCGAUCAUCCCGAACCUGCCUAUGGAGGGAGAUUCUGUAUCGGUAAGAGACGUCGAUACAAAAUCUGCAAUAUCGAACCUUGUCCCGAUGAUGGACCGAGUUUCAGGAGCCUUCAAUGCAGCGACUAUAAUGGAAAGGAGUACAAGGGGAAGAACUACACCUGGCUGCCCUACUUCGAUCAAACGGAACCUUGCGAGCUGUACUGUACUGAUACGGAAGAAAGAGUUAUAGUUCCAUGGGGGGAAGCUGCACUCGAUGGAACACCUUGCAAUGUCGGCUCCAGAGACAUGUGCAUCGCUGGAAUUUGUAGGAAGGUUGGCUGUGAUUGGCGAGUCGAUUCAGAAGCCACUGAAGAUCGCUGUGGAAUUUGCCAUGGCGAUGGAACCCAGUGCGAAACCACCAGUGGUCUUUACGACGAAAACGAGGGACCAGGAUACAAAGAAGUAAUCAUUAUUCCUGCGGGAUCAAGAAACAUAAAAAUCGAGGAAGAAGGAAACAGUAAAAAUUAUAUUGGGAUCGGAGUUCCUAAUUCAAAUGAAUAUUUCCUCAAUGGAAAGCGGCAGAUCACCUUGGCUGGAGAGUAUCUGGUUGCUGGUACUCCUGCACUAUAUGAACGCGAUCAUGACAAAGAGAAGGUCAGAAUUCCGGGACCAAUCAAGGAAGAUAUUGCAAUCUAUUUGAUUUACAGAGGAAACUACCGAAACUUUGGGUUAAAAUACGAGUACACUGUCCCUAAAAAGGAAGCCGAUUACACUCCAGAGUAUUCCUGGGUCUUUUCUGAUUGGUCAUUGUGUACAGUAACCUGCGGAGGAGGCGUUCAAACAUCACGUGCAUUUUGUCAUGAAGUCAAAAGCGGAAUUGUCGAGGAUCAAUUUUGUAAUGAAACAACUAAACCUGAAUCGAUUGAUCGAGAAUGUAAUCCGAAGCCCUGUCCAGCAAGAUGGUGGGUUGGACCCUGGCAGAUGUGUUCAGUCACCUGUGGAGAGGGAGCCUUACGGAAAAGAUCCGUCAUGUGUGUUUCAUCAGGAAAAGAUACUGAUAGCACGGAUCUUGCAUUGCCCGAUCGAGAUUGCGACAAAGAUGCUCGACCCGAAGAAGUUGAACCAUGCCCAAAUCUGCCACCUUGUGGAUCCAGUUCCGAAAUUCCUUUCAUCAUAUACUCAGAAGAUAGAUACGGUGCUUUCUACAAUAUUACAUCCAGUGAUCAGGACGGCAUAACAAUUGUUGAUAGCGUCACAUCGGAGGAGCCGGAGAUUCUUGAAUUCGAUAACGUUGUUGAGGAAAAUCCAGAAAAUUCUUUAUACACUACUAAGCCCAAGUGGAUCGUCUCAAAGUGGGGUGUGUGUCAACUUGGCAGGAGAAGCCGAAAAGUUUCCUGCUCGAUUCCUGGAAAUUGUAGGUUGAAAAAUAAACCAGCGACAUCGGAGGAUUGUCGUCGAGGGAAAUGGAUUUCUGGAAAAUGGAGCACUUGUAACGCUACAUGUGUCACUAGAUCGGGGUUCAAAUACAGGAAUGUCACUUGCCGAGACAGAAUAACCAAUCUAACGUCCAUGGACUGUAAUUCUGAAAGAAAACCUCUUCAAACGAGACGCUGUCAUCACAGAAAACAGUGUGGAGAGGAAAAACUUGAUUGCAAAGACAACAUAGUGCCACCAUCGAUGUGCGCAGCAUACAAAAGAAUGUGUAACUUAUCGGAGAUAGUACGUGAAAAAUGUUGUGCUACUUGCAUGAAGAGACAAAAGCAUGUUCGAAACAAUCGACGACAUGAGUCUGGGGACUAAUUUCAACAACUAACCAAAAAUAAACUUGAUGAAAAUGAAAAUCAUUAACAGCUUCGAUAGUAGAUAAGUAAAGAAGGUUCUAAUUAUAAAUUCCUACCAUACCGACAUCGAGAUCGUUCCACAGCUAAUGUGGUUCGUGUCCGUACUAAGUUUUUUAGAAUAUUUGUUAUGACUACAUCAAAUCAUAGUUGUUAAAGUUCUGUAAGCUAGAUUCUUUGUCCAUAAUUGCGCUCUAUAACUCGAUGGCGUAAUAAAAAAUAUUUUGGAAAGUUAAUAUACUAAGUUUCUAGAAUAUUUUUUAUGGUACUAUAAACAUUCAAAAGUAUCCGAAAAUAUUCUAGAAGCUUAGUAUACUAACUUUCUAGAAUAUUUCUUAUGCCGCUAUUAAUAUUCAGUAAUAUCUAAAAAUAUUUUUAAAUGUCCAAAAAUAUUUAGAAAUAUUCAAAAAUAUUCUAGAAACUUAGUAUACAGAGUUUCUAGAAUAUUUGUUAUGACGACAUUAAUAUUUCAAAAUAUCGAAAAAUAUUCUAGAAAUUUGGUAUAUGUUUCUAGAAUAUUUUUCAUGGCACCUU